UGGCUGUUCCACCUCUCUUCCGCACGAUUAAAACCUCUGGUUCUGGUUUACCAAUUAUUACUAUCCAUUUUUGCAUCUCUCAAUUCUCAACUACAAGGCUCUGAACCUAACAUAUUCUCCUUCUCUCCUUUUCCUCUAAUCCAGUUUUCUCAACUUAACUACAGUUUCAACCCAGAAACCCCACUUUCUCUCUCCUUUUUCUUACUCCACUUCUCCUGUUGCUGUGCACAUCUUUCCGAGGUCAGGAGGGGAUUAAAUAAAAUUGGAGGCCUGGGUCUCAUGAGAAUUCUCAGGGGAAUGCAGAAAUCGAUUUGCUCUGAUAAACACAACAAAGCUAAGGAACCAGGCUGGACCACAUCAUUCAGUCCUAAAGUUAGGACUCGUGACAAACUCGCUGUCAAUAUUUGAUUAUUGAUUUUACAAUACCAACUCAGUCAUGACCAGGAUUUUGGUUCAGCGUGGGAGUUCUUCUUCCAACCAGACCCGCUCUUCAUCUCAGACUGCUCCUAAUCAUGUCGUUGCUGUUCCUGAUGAACAAGUUGUUGUCAAUGAUUUGCCUGAAACUGGUAUUGCUGAUGAAAGCUUUGAUCAGACUAGGAGUGUGGGGGAUGAUGCUGCCGAUAAUGUGAUUACUGGCAACGAUGAAAGUCAAGUGGAUUUGACGAGAGGCUUUACUGGCCUAGAUGUCGUUGACCAGGAUGGUUGUGAGAAUGAUGAUUUCUCUGCUGAUACUCUUCAAACUGGAACGCAAACUCAGAGCUCGCAACCCCCUCCUCCUCCUAUUCCGCCUCCAAUACCUUCUGGUUCAAACUCUGUUUUCAGGAGAUUUGUGUCAGGCACUUCAGAUUCUCCUCGGAUUGGACCGUCUAGAAGACCUUCUGCAUGGCCUGCUCCUCCUAGGACUACCCCUUCUGCAUCAAGACCAUCCUCGCCAAGAUCACAUUGUGAAACUGAGGGCUACAAUAGUGCCGAUGAGCAAACUCCCACCUUUGGAUCCUCUUUUUACGACCUUGAGAGAGAGCGACAGUUUGAGAUUGAUAUUAGACGUGCUAAAGGUUUGGAAGUUAAAAGAAUGCUGGAGGAUGGUAAUUGUUUAUUUAGAGCUGUUGCAGAUCAGGUCUAUGGGGAUUCAGAGGCAUAUGAUUUGACCAGGCAGAUGUGUAUAGAUUAUAUGGAGCGCGAGGAAGAUCAUUUUUCACAGUUUAUUAUAGAAGGCUUUACAUCCUAUUGUAAGAGAAAGCGAAAAGACAAGGUUUAUGGAAACAAUGCGGAAAUUCAAGCCUUAUCUGAGAUGUAUAAUCGACCCAUACAUAUAUAUUCUUAUAGCACAGAGCCUAUUAACAUAUUUCAUGGAAAUUAUGACACUGAUGUGCCUCCCAUUCGGCUAAGUUACCAUAAUGGCAAUCACUAUAAUUCACUUGUGGAUCCCCGCCGAUUGAGUGUUGGUGCAGGGCUCGGAUUUAGCUGUCUCCGGGGGAGAAAUGUGGACAAGGAUCAGGUAAAAGCUGCCAUAAAAGCUCAGCAAGACCAACAGUUGGACAAUGCACUGUUGGCUGAAGGACGAUUUUACUCCGAUCUUGAGCUCACAGAAAAGGAAAUUGAGCGUAUGGUAAUGGAAGCUUCUCGAGCCGAAUAUCUAGCUGGUAACAAAUCAAAGCAACAUGUUGGUCAAAGAGAAUCCUCAACAUCUAGUGCUGAACCAUCAUCCUCCGGAGCCAGGCAACCUGAUGGUGAGAAUGAAAAAGAAAGUGGUUCGCCUGAUACAAUGCUGAGCAGCAGCAUGCAGGUUGUUCUGUCAAUGGGAUUUGGCUACCUGCAGGUCAUUGAAGCCUACAGUAUAUUUGGAGAUGAUGUUGAUUCUAUAGUCUGUUAUUUGUUAGAGACUAGCAGUAGCAACAGGCGCAAAGGGAAGGCUACCGAAUGAGUUAGUGCCUAUAUCAUUUGUGUAUGUGAAUUAAUUUGUGUUGGACUUGUUUGUCUUAAUCCAUCCUUUUUCCCAAGUUGAUGUGCAAUUAUUGUAUUCAUUUCCAAAGUUAGAUUAAUUAAAUACUAUUGUGGUCCAUAUUGUCUUGAUUCUCUAUGUUUGCACUCUUUGACAAAAUCACAAAACAUUGGUUGGUAAGAGAAACACCAUUUCAAGCCACAUCAAGUGAUGCUUAGUGUUGAAGAAGAUAAUUCAAAGUUGAAAGCAGAUGAGUAGACGGGUGUUCAGUAGGUUGGAGCAACUGAUAAUUGGUUUGAACUUUGGAAGUCUUGGUCUAAGGCUGUAUUUGUAGUAAGAUUGUAAUUUGUACUGGGGUACCUGCAUUACUAAACCAUUAUCUGGGUAAUUAAAUUUAAGGUCCCAAAAUUUUUCAAA